CCCCACCCUGGCAUGAUGCAGGUCCACUACGUGAUGUAUGAAGGCAUCAAGUUCCCCUCGGCCUACAACUCAGAGCACAGCUUGAGUUUCACCCACAAUGAGUUCCAGGUGCGGGACGAUGACAUCUUCAACGUCACCUACCCCAAGUCUGGCACCGUGUGGAUGACCGAGAUCCUGAGCCUCAUUCGCAGCCGUGGCUGUCCCGGCUGGAACCGAACUGUCCUCAAUUCUGACCGUGUCCCCUGGUUCUCAACCCGACUGGGUCUGGAGUCAGCCCUCAGCUACCUCCCACCUCGCCUGCUGACCUGCCACCUCCCCAGGCACAUCUUCCCCAAGUCCUUCUCCUCUUCCAGUGCCAAGGUUAUUUACACCCUACGGGAUCCUCGAGAUGUUGUCGUCUCCUCCUACUACUUCUCCAAGAUGUGCAACAGCUAUGAGGAUCCCACAUCCUUCGAGCAGUUCCUGAGGGACUUUCUGAAUGGAGAACUGCCCCAUGGUUCCUGGUUUGAACAUGUCCGAGGCUGGAUGGAGAUGAAGGACAAAGAGAAUUUCUUCUUCAUCACCUACGAAGAGCUGAAGCAGGACCUGCAUAGCAGCGUGAGACGUCUCUGCCGGUUCCUGGGGCAGGAUUUAGAUGAUGAUGCCAUCUCCUCAGUGGUGCAAAAUGCCUCCUUCAUGUCCAUGCGGGAGAACCCAAUGUGCAACUCCAUCCUGCUCCCCACAGACAUCAUGGACCAGACGAAAGGCCAGUUCCUGAGGAAGGGUAUCUGCGGGGACUGGGAGAACCACUUCACAGUGGCACAGAGUGAGACCUUCGACAGGAUCUACUGGGAGAGGAUGCAGGGCCUGAAUGUGACCUUUCCUUGGGACCAGCAUUAG